GCUGCUACAGUCGUUGCGGGGGAAAAAAACAAAGUAACCAAUGGAAGACGUGACUUUAAAGUUGUAACCCGUUCUCAAAUGGAGCGAAAAUGGUUUUUGUCUCUUACGGACUAUUUAGAUACGUUGUUAUCGCAAAUGUAAGAUCAAUUAUACCCCAUGUCACAAGCGACUAAGCUUAUGAGGGACGAACAGUCUACGGCGAGGGACUGUUACUUCAUCCCUAGGCUGUAGCAAGCUAUCUAGCUAAUGUAACCAGGCCAGCAAGCGGCCUAACGUAGUGGCUCCAACGUUAGCUAGCUCCUUGUUUCUGUUACCCAUUGUAUGCUUUGUGUCAACGGUUAAAGUUUGUCUAAGCAAUACUGGCUCGCCUGGGCAUAGCAAAGUCUGUGGAGUCUACUCUACUACAGGUCUCGCGUCGAGAUAACAUUAUGUGUCUUGCUUGUUAGCCGUCAAGAUAUUUGGGCUGACAGACCAGAGUAGCUAACUAGCUAACUAGCCUGUGGCUGUAGAGUUCGUAAAGUUACAUAUUUCUUUCGAGAAACUGUAACGUUGCAUACCUGUAGUUAUCGGUAACACCUGUGAAUGCUUAGCGUUCUUUAGAUCAGAUUAUUUUUGUUAUUGAAAUUACAAUCAUACGUUUUAAUGAAUUGCUAGCGUAGUAGCUAGCAAUGUCUGUUCCUUCUGCCGAUAUGAUUGAAACACCACCUGGAUAUCCUUUUGAAGAAAUCGAUUAUGGGGAUAUUGAAGUUGAAGAGGUGGUGGGCCGAGGUGCCUUUGGUGUUGUUUGUAAAGCCAAGUGGAGAGGCAAAGAUGUCGCAAUCAAAACGAUAGAGAGUGAAUCUGAGAGGAAAGCCUUUCAAGUGGAGUUGCGGCAGCUCUCUCGUGUGAACCAUCCCAACAUUGUGAAGUUGUAUGGCUCAUGUAACAACCCAGUAUGUCUGGUAAUGGAAUAUGCAGAGGGGGGCUCUCUGUAUAAUGUGCUGCAUGGUGCCGAACCCCUCCCCCAUUACACGGCCUCCCAUGCCAUGAGCUGGUGUUUACAGUGCUCCCAGGGAGUCUCCUAUCUACAUGGCAUGAAACCAAAGGCUCUCAUUCACAGGGACCUCAAGCCACCCAACCUCCUCCUGGUAGCUCAUGGCACGGUGCUGAAGAUCUGUGACUUUGGAACAGCGUGUGACAUUCAGACACAUAUGACUAACAAUAAAGGCAGCGCAGCGUGGAUGGCACCCGAGGUGUUUGAAGGCAGUAAUUACAGUGAGAAGUGUGACGUGUUCAGCUGGGGCAUCAUCCUCUGGGAGGUCAUCACUCGCCGGAAGCCCUUUGAUGAGAUAGGAGGCCCAGCCUUCCGCAUCAUGUGGGCCGUCCACAACGGCACACGCCCACCACUUAUCAAGAACCUGCCCAAGCCCAUCGAGAGUCUGAUGACCCGCUGCUGGUCCAAAGACCCGUCCCAGCGGCCCUCCAUGGAGGAGAUAGUGAAGAUCAUGGUCCACCUGAUGAAGUACUUUCCACGAGCUGAUGAGCCCCUGCAGUACCCAUACCAGUAUUCAGAUGAAGGCCAGAGCAACUCCGCCACCAGCACAGGCUACACCUGCACCAGCACCAGCAACAAGAGUGACAACAAUAUGGAACACAGCAACUCUCCAGGGAGCAAUGACACCAUCAAGAUCAUGGAGACAAAGUUUGCACCCUACAAACCAAAGCCGGACCCCUUGCGGAGCCUGCCCCUGUCCAGGGGGGGCAGUGUGGAGAGCCUUUCCGGGAGAACACAGUGCCUGCCUUCCUCCGACAGCAAGAGAAUGAGCGCUGACCUCUCAGAGAAUGCCUUUUCUCCUGCAGCACGCCCCCAGUAUAAACGAGGUCACCGUAAAACGGCAUCGUUUGGCACCAUUCUUGAUGUCCCCAAGAUCGUCGUCACAGCUACCUGUGAGCCCCAGAGACGCAGAUCUGUGCAGGACCUCCCAGCUGUCGUCACCGAGUCUCAGGGGAGUAGAAGCAGCAGCAGGUCUUCCAGCCCCAGUGUGAGGAUCACUCCAGACAAGACAGAUACCAACGGCUCAGACAACUCCAUUCCCAUGGCAUAUUUGACUCUAGACCACCAGCUGCAGCCCCUGGCUCCAUGUCCCAACUCUAAAGAAUCCAUGGCUGUGUUCGAGCAGCACUGCAAAAUGGCACAGGAGUACUUGAAAGUCCAGACCGAAAUUGCCUUGCUGAUACAGAGAAAGAAAGAGCUGAUCGCUGAACUGGACCAGGAUGAGAAGGACCAGCAGAACACGUCCCGUCUGGUGCAGGAGCAUAAGAAGCUGCUGGAGGAGAACAAGUCCCUGUCCACCUACUACCAGAAGUGCAAGAAGCAGCUGGAGCUGAUCCGCGCACAGCAGCAGAAGAGGCAGGGCACGUCCUGAUGGGCAGCCCACCGCCGCCCUCGGAGCUCACGCUACCCAAUCAUAUGAGCUGCAUCACACACUCACUCACACACACACACACACUCGCCUACACAGACAGUAUGCCCAAAGCCCUCUCCUUGUGUUUGGGAUUAGAUCUAGUCAAGUGUCAAAGCCCUCCCAACGUGACUGCUAACUUUGUUCCCAGCGUUCUGCAUUACAGUGGAGCUAGUCCACCCUCCGUUGUACUUUUAAGGAGAGCUGCAGUCUGCUCCAUCCGUGCAUGCUACAUGAGCGCAUCUCCCGGGUCAGGACACGUCAAAGGAACUGGGCACGUUUUGCACCCUGGACUCAGCGGUCGGCGUGAGUUUCGUUAGGGGUCUCUCCAAAGUUUCCAAGACCAAACGAUUAGGCCUUGCUCCAUUUGCCCAUUUGAGCCUUUUACGCGUGAGGUGCCUGUCUGUGUGUGUGUGUGUGUGUGUGUGUGUGUGUGUGUGUCUGUCUGUUUUUGUGAGUGUCUUUGUCUUUGUCUUUGUGUGUGUGUGUGGCACACGUUUGUAGUGCAGACAAAUGCUGGAUAAAUGGGUUCUCCAUAGAGGUCAGCAUGUAUAUGUGUUUAUUCAACAAUUGUCUGCUGAAUGGCUCAUCCACUUUGUACAGGAGACCUAUUCCUAUCAUCCCCUGCUCCAACACUACUACAUUGCUAGUCCUCUAUAGUGCUAUAGUAUUUGUACUGUACUACUAUAGUCCUCAUGAAUGUGAAAGAAGAAAUGGCAAAUGAAAUUUAACUUCAACAGUGGAACUGAUAACGGAUCACAUUUUAUUUGUUAAUUUAAACCCUACUUGUAUUGGGAACUUACACCAAAUAUGUCAUGUGACCUUUUAAAAGUGCAUCCAUUACCACUUUUGACCAAAAGAAAGUAUUGACAGUGUUGCGGGAUGCAUAUUGAUAUAUUGCACAUCACUCCACCAGGGUUUUUGCUAAGGAAGAGUCUCGGUCUGGUCUCAAAAAAGGAUGCAAUAUUUAUAACCUGCUUUUAGCUUUCUUUUAGUCUGUAUUUGCUGGUGUUGAAAGGACAGUCCUGAGUGGAUUGUUGCUUAUUGUACCUGCUUAAGAGGAGAAAAGAAAUAUUUCUGUUCUUUUGUUUUUUUUUUCUCUCAACAUGUUAAUCAUGACUUCAGUAUUCUUCUUUAGUCUUUUUUUUUUUAUCCCAUAGACGAAUUUGUAUAAUAAUGUAAACACUGACUCCACCGUAGAGCUUUGUUUUUCAUGGAUCUGGUCGUUUGUGUACGGAUCAUGUCUCCCCCCCUCUCUGUUUGUAAGUAUUUUUAGUUCACAUGUUGCCUUAGAGUUGAAUUGUUUGCAUUUUAACUGAUCUGUUGCUUUAACACGACAUGAAUCAUGUGCACCUCACUUUGAUCAUAUGUGUUGCAUAAAUUGCAGUUGUGGGCCAUAAGGAUGAAAUCUGAAAAUUUUCUGUUCAGAAUUAUGUUCUCAAGUGUGCAGCAGAAAUGAUGAAGGCACAACUCUGGUCGGCCCUCUCAGAGCGCAUGUGGUAAAUUGCCUUUAGCUUGUCAUGCCAUCACUUCACUCGUCUCUGUGGAUGAGUGAUCUCUGAGGAGAGAUGCAACCCAGCCAUUUAUUCUCUCAGUGCUGACACAGUCAUUCUCCCUCAGAUGUUUUGCACAAUCAAAAGGUUGUUCUCAACAAAGAUAAGGGUCGCUAAUCUUGUUCAUGCUCAGAUGUGAAAUGACGGAACUGUGCUGAGGAGCGAUGGGAAGUUGUCAGUUUGUUGUUAACCACACGGCUGGAGAAGUGGCUGUCCCCUAUAUUCUUUCACAUGUUCAAUAACUGUACUGUAAAUAGCUAAGAAAUUCGAUUUCUUAAAGAUGAUGGGCAAGGGAUUAUGCAAGUGAAGAUCACAACAUGCAAUAAAAUGGAACAGGUGGACAUGGGCUUAGCUUAA